AUGAACUAUAACAACGCGUCAAUAGCUGCUGCUGCUGAUGACAAGAAAAAUGGUUUUGCUGGUCAUGGCGAGUUGCCGGGUACUGAAGGAGGAUAUGAGGAUGAUAUGGUAUUAAGAGAAUUAGGAUACGCUCAAGAGUUACCCAGAACCAAAACAUUCUUCAACAUGUGGAUGAUGACAAUUGUCCUCAGUUCAAUUCCUUAUGGCUUAUCAACCACGUUCUUUUACACACUCGGUAAUGGCGGUGCUAUGGUUGCUAUUUGGGAUUUCAUCAUCAUGUCUUGUAUCUAUGUUUGUGUCGCAGUAUCCCUCGGAGAAAUCGCUUCUCAAUAUCCCGUAUCCGGUGGUGUAUAUUACUGGUCUUACAUGUUAUCCCCUACCAAACUGAAACCUUUGGUAUCAUGGAUCGUGGGAUGGUUAUCAGUCGUUGGUAACAUCACUGUUACUCUAGCGGUCAAUUUUGCCAUCAUCGUGCUGGGUAUUAUCGCCAUUCUCGGACAGCAUUUCUUGCACUAUGUUGAUCCGACGCAGGCAGACGAUCCGCUUCUUACGUCUUCACCGAAUUCGUCGACAUGGGUGCUGGAUGGCCACGAGGAAUGUGCCACUGGCAUGUUGCCUGCGAUGGCUGAAGAAGCUAUCAAGCCUGAGACUACCAUUCCAAGGGCGAUGGUUUGGGGAGUCGUCGUGAACGGUACUCUCGGUUUGAUCUUCCUUCUUAGUAUCAUGUUCACUCUUGGAGAUCUCGAGACCAUUCUUGCCAGUCCUACUGGCCAGCCCUUGCCUGAGAUCUUCUUGGAGGCGACAGGAACUCACGCAGCUGCGUUCGGGUUGUUCUUCUUGAGUAAGUUUGCUCGUGAUGGCGGUAUUCCCGGUCGAGGCUUCUUUGGUAAAACAUCAAAACGGCUCGAGAUGCCAUUGAACGGUUUCCUUCUGCAGUCCAUCAUUCAAUGUGCUCUUGCUUGUAUCUACUUUGGUUCAACUGCAGCUUUCAAUGCUUUCUUAGGGGUAUCGGUUCUCAGUUUAGGAGGAGCAUGUUUCGUUCCUAUCUUGGUGUCUUUCCUGAGAGGACGAAAAUUGAUCACCGGAGCUAAAUACUACAAAGGGAAAUUUGGUUUCUUCUGCAAUUGUGUAUCUAUCGCAUGGUUUUUAUUGGCUAUUCCAAUUCUAUCCUUCCCAUCUUACUUGCCAGUCACCCAAGAAAACAUGAACUAUGCCGCUGUCGUUUUUGUGGGAUUCGCUUCCCUCUCAUGUAUUUGGUACAUCAUUCAUGGUCGAAAACAUUACUCUGGACCUCCCGACGGUCACACAGGUUUGUAA